AUGGUCCGGAUGCUGCUUGGCUCCUUCAUCUACCUCUUCCUCCUAAUCCACCUCUUCCUCGGAUGUCUGUGCAAGAUGACAGAGGGUCGAACUCUGCAUGUGGACGGCUGCUCUGCCAACGUUCACAUACAUGAACUACGCAGACAUUACUCCGACAUACGACACCACGCGCUAUCAGGAGACAAUGAGAUCGAUGUGAAACUUCUGGAAGAAUCUCUGAUCAAAGACGUUCAGGAGGGUCAGACAUGCUGCUUCUUGCGUCUCCUGCUGCGCUUCUACGUUGAAAGAGUGUUCAACAACUUCCCAUCCUCCCAGCCGCACCACCAGCGCUGCUCCAGCGCCCUGGCGAACGCUUUUGUCACCAUCAGAAGAGACAUGCACAAAUGUCACUGCCACUGUGGAGAAGAAACCCAGAGAACAAUCGACUCAGUCCUUAACAAGUUUGACAAGAUUCAGAUUCAUCCAGCAGCACACAAAGCAGUGGGAGAACUGAACACGGUUCUAGACUGGCUGGACGGACUGGGACAAAAAGCAUGA